ACUAUAUAGAAGUCACGAGCUUUUGUUGAUUAGAACAAACGUUUCAGCUCUUCUUCAAUGACAAGUAAAUAGAAUCUAAUUAUUUAGUUGAAGGGUGUGUUUUAGAAGUACAUACAUACAUAUGUGCACUAAAUUAUUCAUUGUGAAAAUUGAAACGUAAAUAGACGAGAAAGUACAAUACGAAAUCGAAAUUGUAUUUGUUUUUGUAAUUUUGCAUAAUUUUUGCUAUCGAUUUUUCAAUAAUAAAAUAAAGACAUCAUGGUGAAUAAAAAUUAUGGUUCCAAUUGUUCUGAACUUGAAAGUAAAAUUGAGCAAUGGCUUAAUUGGGAUAAAAAUGAAAAAACAAUUGAAGAAAUAAAUUCAUUAGUGGAAAAACAAGAAUGGAAAACAUUAAAGGAUAGACUAUGUAAUCGUUUAACUUUUGGUACAGCAGGUUUAAGAGGUCGUAUGCAAGCUGGAUUUAAUUCAAUGAAUGAUCUUGUUAUUAUUCAAACAGCACAAGGCUUAUGUGAUUAUGUGAAAAGAAUUUUUGAAAAAGAUGAACUUAAUAAGGGUAUUAUUUUUGGUUAUGAUGGAAGAUACAAUAGCAAACGUUUUGCAGAACUUUCUGCAUGUAUAUUUGUAAAUGCCGGCAUUCCAGUUUAUUUAUAUAGUAAAAUGGUUAUAACACCAUUUGUUCCAUUUGGUAUAAUCAAUAAAAAGUGUUUCGCGGGUGUAAUGGUCACAGCAUCACAUAAUCCAAAAGAUGAUAAUGGAUACAAAGUUUAUUGGUCAAAUGGAGCACAAAUCAUUCCACCUCAUGACAAAAACAUACAAAGUAGUAUUUUAAAUAAUUUAGAACCCUUUGAUUCAUCAUGGGAUUUGUCUUUAUUGAAAUCGUCACUUGUGAAGGAUCCAUAUGAUGAAUUGUGUAAAUUAUAUGUUGAAAAAUUGGUAUCCAUUAUACCAAAAAAUUAUUUUAACUUGAAUAAAAAUAGCAAAAUGAAAUUCAUUUAUACUGCCAUGCAUGGUGUUGGAUAUCCAGCAAUUCAAGAGGCUUUCAAACAUUCUCAAUUAAACGAACCAGUGGCUGUAAUUGAGCAGUGCUCACCAGAUCCUGAAUUUCCAACAGUAAAAUUUCCAAAUCCGGAGGAAGGUAAAGAAUGUUUAGUACUUUCGAUUGCAUUGGCUGAAAAAGAAGGUUUACGAGUUAUUUUGGCAAAUGAUCCAGAUGCUGACCGUUUAGCUUGUGCAGAAAAAAAUACUGAAACAGGAGAAUGGAAAAUAUUUACAGGUAAUGAACUUGGUGCUCUCUUAGGUUGGUGGGCGCUUCAGUGCUACUUAGAAGAAAAUUCAAAAGAUACUCUGAAAGAUUGCUAUUUUUUGGCUAGUACUGUAAGCUCAAAAAUUUUACAUUCUAUGGCUAAAGUGGAAGGUUUUAAUUUCAUAGAAACGUUAACUGGUUUCAAGUGGAUGGGAAAUAGAUCAGUUGAAUUAAUGGAAGCUAAGAAAAAAGUAUUAUUUGCAUUUGAAGAAGCUAUAGGCUUUAUGUUUUCAACAAAUGUACUAGACAAAGACGGAGUUAGUGCCGCUGUACUAUUAUCUACAAUGUGUUGUUACCUCAAUGCAAAUGGUAAUAAAACUUUGCAAGACCAAUUGAAUGAAAUAUACAAAAAAUAUGGUUUUCAUUACACAAUUACCUCAUAUUUAUUUUGCUAUGAUCCAAAAACUAUCAAAUCUAUAUUUGAAAGGAUUAGAAAUUUUGACAAUAAACCCGAUUCUUAUCCAAAGGCAAUUGGUGAAUACAAUAUAAAAUAUAUAAGAGACUUGACUACUGGUAUAGAUACUGCCAAAUCAAAUGGAAAAGCAGAAUUACCAUCAAGUAGUAGCACACAAAUGAUUACAUUUACAUUUGAAAAUGGAGUUGUAUUAACUUUACGGACAAGUGGAACUGAACCAAAAAUAAAAUAUUAUGCUGAAAUGUGUGCUCAACCAGAAGAAGAUGACUGGAAUAAACUAAAAUUGAUAUUAGCCGAUGUAGUUGAAAAAACAGUUAAAGAAAUGUUGCAACCGCAAUUAAAUAAUUUGAUUCCACGAUCUGAUAAUUAAUUGUUGUUAUUGUUUAAAAGAAAAAAACAAAAAGAAAACUAUGAUUUCAUUGAGUGAUUUGAAUUUUCCUUUAAAGAUAACAAUGUUAAAACCAAAAAUAUUUUUUUAAUUUUUUUUUUUUACAUUAUGCAUACCUGCAUACAUAUAUGUACAUGGAUAAAUAAUUUUCAUUUUAUAAUUGAAACUAUUAUAAAUUAUAAUUACAGCGAUUGUAUUUUAUAUUUUUUCUAAUUUUAAUAUAUGUACUUAGAAAUUAUUUAAUAUAUGUAUUAAAUAUGUAAAAAUAAAUUGUUUUAUCGUGAGUAUAAAA